AUGCUCUCCACUCUUCUGUUUCUGAGCUUUCUGCUUGGGACCAGCCCAACACCAUCUGGCCGCCUCUCCUGUUACAGGAAAAUAUUAAAAGACCACAACUGUCACAGCGUCCCAGAGGGAGUGGCCAGUCUUCGUCCAAUUGACGGGCUUCUUCAAGAUCACUUCUGGGACGGAAAGGGCUGUGAGAUGGUCUGCUAUUGUAAUUUUAAUGAAUUGCUCUGCUGCCCAAAGGGUAUCUUUUUUGGGCCAAAAAUAUCAUUUGUGAUUCCCUGCAACAAGCCAUGAAGAAACAUUGCAUUUGAGAAAGAACGGCAAAUGCAGGACUUUGUUCAUGAAGACUGGAAUAAAGCUUAUGUGGUCAUCAGGUCUAAAGAAGAUGGACUUUGAAUGCAGUACGGAAGCUACUAUAGCCACCAUUUUUUAGGCAUUCAAUGUUAUGUUUAAACAAGACUAACAGCACCAUGUUUACCAUUCAUUGCAUGGGUAUUACCUCCAAGGAAGUAGACUUUAGGGACAGUAAAAUUAAAGUUAAUAAAACCCCAUAUGUAGCAGAGCUCUCAACUCUAAUUUGGUAGUGAUGUUGAUGUUCAUUGACCUGACCUAAGUAACAUACCAUAGAAGAUACA